CGCCUGCUGGAUGGAGACAGUUUGAUAACCACUUCCGCCUAUUUUCCUCGCAAGUCUUUCUUGUGUUUAUAUGCAAGAAUAGUUUCCAGGAUUCGGGUUUCUCAUAAACUAGCUUACAGUUUGCAAGCUCGCUAGCUUGCGUAACCCAUGGAAGCAAACAACGGAAACGGUUCAAACUGGGCAAUACAGCGACGAGUGGAGGGGCUGGUGAACAAACACAUGGCAGACAUGGCACUGGAGACACUUCAGCAGAGGCUUUCAGCUGUCUCCGAAGAAAUGAACCAUUUGGCAGAUGACGUCUCUAGACGGGAAGGUGUUCCUAAACGCCUAGAAGACGCACCUCGGCGGACCGAUGUAAACUUCAAUGUAGAACCGCUGUCGGAGUCUUACAGCACAGCGAUAGUAGGAGAAAAGUUGAUGCCAGACGCACCAUCAUCAUCAUCAUCAUCGUCAUCAUCAGAAACUGCUGCACAAAGGAAAAUUAUAUCACUCCUACUUGAGAUCAAGGAAGAGCAACGGAGACAGUGGGUUGUGCUGAAAGACCUGCAGGCCAGGGUUCAAGGACAGACAUGGGAAGAGGAGGUUGAAGCUCUUGAUAUAGAUCUACCAAUACGGACGAUGGAACAACUUGAUGAAACAGAGCGGCAUUUGGAAGACGCGGAAGCACAAAAGAGAAUGGUGUCCCAUCUCUCCCGAAUGGGCGGUGCAACAGUGGAUGAUGCUGUCAGGCGGCUGUUGCAGGCAGUUUUAUCUUUUGCCGUAGGUUCAGAGUUAAACUGGAUUGGCAGAGGACAAAAAAGGAGCUUCAAAAACACUAGACUGCAAGGAGUUUUGUUUCGCGCAUUAAAGAGGACCCCUGUAGGAAAGGAGGCCACGCACCAUCAGUUUGCAGAUGUAGUAAAGAGAUGGCUACGAUUUGCACCAUUCAGACAAGGUGGCAGCGGUCGGAGACAGCAUUACAAACCUCCGGUUGAAUUCAUGUGCCCCAAGUAUCCUGAUACAGAGGGGUGAUCACAUCAUAAAAUGGUUCACAAUCUCAUAUUUCAACACAGUUACAUCUAAAAGCAUUAAAAACAGUCCAUUCUGCUUGUGCAUUUCAAAAUGCUAUUUUAAGUUAAAGCUUUGUCUGAUCUUUUGGAUAAAUGUUUCUUGCUAUGACUGUAAUGAACCAUAAAUGUCCUGAGGUAUAGUUCAGUAUAGAUGCAAGUUCAUGAAUGGCAUUACAGUGCCAUUUAGAAUUAUUGGCACCCUUGGUAAGCAGAAAAGGCAAUAAAAAAAUUGUCUUUGUUGUUUAUCAGUUGAUGUUAUAUUGAAAAAAAAGAGAAAUCUUUCAUUGGGGUACAAUUAUUUAAAG